AUGGCAUCGUCGUCACAUAAUAUUGAGCUGGAGGCAGCUAAGUUUCUGCACAAGCUCAUUCAAGAUUCUAAAGAUGAACCUUCAAAGCUGGCAACAAAACUUUAUGUGAUAUUGCAGCACAUGAAAACCAGCGGGAAGGAACACUCAAUGCCGUAUCAAGUCAUAUCGAGGGCCAUGGAGACUGUCGUCAACCAACAUGGUCUUGACAUUGAAGCUUUGAAAUCAUCACGUCUUCCUCACGCUGGUGGUACCCAAAUGGAAGAUUCUGGCUCUGCACAUUUGGCUGGGUCUUCCCAAGUUGCUGGAGUUAGCAAUGAGCCCAAAGCAAGUCUGGUUGAAAAUGAUAUGGCAAAAUAUGAUGCAUUCCCUUCUGGUAGGCAGCUUGGUGGAUCAAACAGUGCAUCACAAGCCGUUUACCAAGGGUCUGGAACUCGAAGUAAUAGAUCCUUUGAUCAUGAGAGUCCAUCCAGCUUGGAUUCUAAGUCGGGAAAUUCUCAAUCUCACGACAGGAGUGAGGCAAUGAAUCAAAGAGAUGCGAAGUCAAGUGCAAAGAGGAAGAGGGGUGAAUCAUCAUUUUCGUGGGAGCAAAAUAUGGAUAAUUCUCAGAUAUUUGAUACUCACGGGACAGUUGAUGACCAGACUAGAAAAAUAAGCAAAGUGGAGAUGCCUGGUAAUUCAGGUAACAACGAGAAUUUGCAUGCCGGGUUCUCAACAGAUGCAUACACGACUCCUCAGGGUGGCUGGCAAAACAGUGACGUCGCAGCAACCAGGCCUCCAGCUCAUAGAGAUACUGGAAAAUCUGUCGCAGCAGAGGAUUUACUGCCUUCAGGUCCACUUUUUAAAGAGCAGCAAUUGAAGCAGCUCAGAGCCCAGUGCCUUGUGUUCUUAGCUCUCAGAAACGGUUUGAUGCCAAAAAAACUGCACAUCGAUAUCGCCCUUGGAAAUAUUUUCCCCAAAGAUGAUGGUUUCCGCAGAGAACUGUUUGAGCAGAAAGGAAGAACAAAUUCUCUCAGUGAAUCGGGUAGCAUUCACGAAGUCUCUGCUUCAUCAGCAAGAAUAGAUAAUCCCUCUGGAAGAUUGGCUGAAAUGGACUUCUCAUCAAAAGAAAUGGAGAUGCCACAAUUAGAGGACAAGAUCUCAAAUGCUGUAUUUUCUGAUGGACAAAAGCAUCUUCUGGCAUCUAAAAUUCCAGACUCUCAGGCGCAAAUUCAGGUUUCUGGUAGUGAUACUGAGCUGGCUUCCUCUUCAGGUGGUCUAACCAAACACGCACCGUCAGAGAUGGUAGGGUGGGCCGGAAUUACUAACCAUAAUGACGUCUCCGCUUCCGCUAAUCAAGUCGACGAAUUAUAUGCUUCAGAUGAAGAGGAAGGUAACAUGCAACCGCCGCCUAAAUACACCAUGUCACAGAAAUGGAUUAUGGAUCAUCAGAAUAAGAGACUUUUGGCUGAACGGAGUUGGGGUCUUAAACAGCAGAAAGUAGACCAGGCAAUUGGUGCACGGUUCAAUGAGUUGAAGGAAUCUGUCAGUUCGUCGGAGGAUAUAUCUACAAAGACCAAGAAUGUAAUAGAAUUGAAAAAGCUUCAGCUGUUGAAUCUUCAACGGCGUUUGAGAAGUGAGUUUCUUCACAACUUCUUCAAACCUAUUGCAACUGAUGUUGAGAAUCUCAAGUCAUAUAAGAAACAUAAGCAUGGCCGUAGAAUUAAGCAGCUUGAGAAGUAUGAGCAGAAGAUGAAGGAAGAGCGACAAAGGAGAAUUCGUGAGAGGCAAAAGGAGUUCUUUGGGGAGAUAGAAGUUCACAAGGAAAGGCUAGAGGAUGUAUUCAAAGCUAGGAGAGAAAGGUGGAAGGGUUUCAAUAGAUAUGUGAAGGAGUUCCACAAAAGAAAAGAACGCUUUCAUCGUGAAAAGAUUGACAAAAUUCAACGGGAGAAGAUUAAUUUGCUAAAGAUUAAUGAUGUGGAGGGUUAUCUUCGUAUGGUGCAGGAUGCCAAGUCAGAUCGAGUAAAGCAACUUCUCAAAGAGACAGAGAAGUACCUUCAAAAACUUGGAUCAAAGUUAAAGGAGGCAAAAUCUUUGACCAGUCGAUUUGAGAAUGAGGCAGAUGAGGCACAUAUGUCAACUGCUGUCGAGGAUGAAACCUCAGUUGAAAAUGAAGAUGAGAGUGACCAGGCAAAGCACUACCUGGAAAGCAAUGAAAAGUACUACUUGAUGGCCCACAGCAUAAAAGAAAACAUUAACGAGCAGCCAGCUUCUCUGAAGGGUGGAAAAUUAAGAGAGUACCAAAUGAAUGGCCUAAGGUGGCUUCUUUCCCUGUACAACAACCAUUUGAAUGGUAUUCUAGCUGAUGAGAUGGGUCUCGGAAAAACUGUUCAGGUUAUUUCGUUGAUUUGCCAUCUGAUGGAGGCAAAGAAUGAUAGAGGUCCCUUCUUGGUUGUUGUACCAUCCUCUGUGCUGCCUGGCUGGGUGUCAGAAAUUAACUUCUGGGCCCCGUCAAUUCAAAAAAUUGUUUAUUGCGGCCCUCCGGAGGAGAGACGCAAGCUAUUCAAGGAGCAAAUUGUUCAUCAGAAGUUCAAUGUCCUUCUGACAACAUAUGAAUAUCUAAUGAACAAACACGAUAGGCCUAAGUUAAGCAAGAUCCAUUGGCAUUACAUUAUUAUCGACGAAGGACAUCGCAUAAAGAAUGCAUCUUGCAAGUUAAAUGCAGACCUGAAACACUACAUUAGCUCCCACCGACUCCUGUUAACUGGGACACCAUUGCAGAACAACCUGGAAGAAUUGUGGGCUCUGCUUAAUUUCUUGUUGCCUAAUAUAUUCAACUCGUCAGAAGACUUUUCACAGUGGUUCAACAAACCAUUUCAAAGUAACGGAGAUAAUUCUGCUGAAGAGGCGUUGCUAUCAGAAGAGGAGAAUCUGCUGAUCAUCAAUCGUCUUCACCAAGUUCUUCGACCAUUCGUGCUUCGGCGGUUGAAACAUAAGGUUGAGAAUGAACUUCCUGAGAAGAUAGAGAGACUCAUACGGUGCGAGGCUUCUGCAUAUCAGAAGCUGCUGAUGAAGAGGGUUGAAGAUAAUCUGGGCUCGCUUGGAAAUGUGAAGUCUCGUGCAGUACACAACUCAGUAAUGGAGCUUCGGAAUAUAUGCAAUCAUCCAUAUCUCAGUCAACUUCAUACAGAGGAGGUCAAUAGCUUAAUUCCUGAUCAUUUCCUGCCUCCGGUAAUUAGACUGUGUGGGAAGCUUGAGAUGUUAGACCGGCUCUUGCCCAAACUCAAAGCAACAGACCAUCGGGUUCUCUUCUUUUCCACAAUGACUAGGCUUCUUGAUGUUAUGGAGGAUUACCUCCAAUUCAAGGAUUACAGAUACCUUAGGUUAGAUGGGCACACAUCAGGGGGUGAUCGCGGCGGCCUUAUAGACAAUUUCAAUAAGUCUGAUUCGCCAUAUUUCAUUUUUCUGUUGAGCAUACGGGCUGGUGGAGUAGGAGUGAAUCUUCAAGCUGCUGAUACCGUAAUAAUAUUUGACACCGACUGGAAUCCUCAGGUUGAUCUACAAGCUCAAGCAAGGGCGCACAGGAUUGGCCAGAAAAGAGAUGUUCUUGUUCUUCGUUUUGAAACGGUCAAUACUGUCGAGGAGCAGGUUAGAGCUUCAGCUGAGCAUAAACUUGGAGUUGCUAACCAAAGUAUAACUGCUGGCUUCUUCGACAACAACACAAGUGCUGAAGAUCGUAAGGAAUAUUUGGAGUCCCUAUUGCGUGAGCCAAAGAAAGAGGAGGCUGCUCCAGUGUUGGACGAUGAUGCCUUAAACGAUCUUAUCGCCCGAAGGGAGUCAGAGAUCGAUAUCUUUGAAUCCAUCGACAAACAAAGAAAAGAAGAUGAGAUGGAAACAUGGAAGAGCUUGGUACAAGGGCAAGGGUCAACAAGUUUUGCACAUAUACCACCACCUUUCCCCUCUCGCCUUGUUACUGAGGAUGACUUAAAACUGCUUUAUGAAGCAAUGAAAACAAAUAAUGUUCCGAUGGUUGCAGUAGAAACAAAUGUUGGCAUGAAGCGCAAGGGUGGUUCGGUAGUCCUCGAUACUCAGCACUAUGGAAGAGGCAAACGAGCAAGAGAGGUUCGAUCUUAUGAAGAGCAACUUACAGAGGAGGAGUUUGAGAAGAUGUGUCAGACUGAGUCAACUGAUUCUCCCAGAGGCAAUGAAGAAGGAAAUGAAAGGAGUUUGGCAAAUGAUACGUCAAAUAUUCUGGCUGGAAACACUGGUGAAAAGAGCUUAGCAAAUGCUACAUCAGAUCUUCUAGCGGGAAACACUGGUGAGAAGAGCUCGGCAAAUGAUAAAGUAGAUAUUCUGGCUGGUAACACUGGUGACACAACUCUCCCCACAUCUCUGGCAUCGGCACUGACUUCACAAUCCGUGGAACCUCUACAGAAUUUACAGCAGCCACUGAAAGAAGUAACGGAACCUAUAAAACGGGAACCUGUAAAACGGGGCCGUGGUAGGCCAAAAAGAGCCGAUAAAACGUUGAAUCAUUUAUCUGUAUCAGUUCCAGCUGGGUUACAGUCACAGGCUACAGGGGAUGCUAGAUCAUUGGCAAUUAUUGGUGCUGAUGCUGUUAUCCCUAGAGGAAAGGAUGGAACAGCUUCUCAUUCUGGUUCGUCUAUUCCUCUUACUUCACCUGAUUUAUCUGUUCCUCCUGGUUUUCAACCACUUCCACCCUCCGGUUCUACUCCAAUGCCAACAAGAGGUCGGGGCAGGGGAAGAGGCAGGGGACGUGGCGCAGGAAGGGGAAGGAGAGUGGAAAGUAUGUUGCAUGGUGCUAGCAGUUCCAUAGGUUCUCAGAAAACUAAUCCCCUUGCACCUGGUGACCUCGUAGCGUCAAAUUUAGUAACUGUUCCGGUCUCUGCUGCUGAGAUCAAUACAGCACUCCCUAAACCUAUUGACGGAAGUACUUCAAAUCUUCAGCCAGCGCCUUCCGUGCCUUCUGAUACUACUGCUGUGCAGUCCUCUCCUGCUGUCUCCCUACAGGAGAGUAGUCUAGAUGUAGUAGCAGAUCUAGAUGCACCACCUGGUUUUGGUUCUGGAUCACAUGUACAUUCGCUAAACAUAUCGGAGGAUUCUUUGGGGAAAAAAACUGCUGCUGUAAAGAACAAGCCUUCUAUUCCAGAUUUGAGAAAAAACCAUGGUUCAGGAGAAAAACAGCCAGUUAACUUACCAAGCUCUACUUCUUUAGGUCAAAACCAGAGAAGUGUCUCAUCUGUUUCUGAUGGAUCUACCAUGACAACUGCACCUUUAGAUGCUAAUCGGCCAUUGAGUCCCCACCUUGCUUGUUCUACGGUUGAAGCUCAAGGCGCCAGUGUUCUUUCUCCUGCAACCAUGCCUGUUAAGAGGCAAGGUCGGAAGAUGCCAAACAGAGGAGAAACUCCUAGACGCCGAGGAAGGAGACAUGUUCAAGCUUUAGUACCUGCUGCUGAUGGCUCUUCAGCCCGGAGCACAAGAUCAACACCACUAGUUGAGGUCAAGCUUGGUGAAUCAUCAGGCUCUAAAAAUAAGUCUGAUGUUGUCCAAGAACAGCCCCAUCUCAACCAGUCAGUGGCACACACUUUUUCCAGUACAAGUCAGGAAAAAAGAAAAGAAACAUCAGCUAUUGGUGGUUCUGGAAGGAAACAAACUACUGAUGUGACGGAUGUUGCUCGUGUCAUGAAAGAGAUAUUUUCGGAGACUUCCCUGUUAAAACAUAAAGUUGGGGAGCCUUCUGAAACAAUGGGAACACAAGAGCCUGAUAAUAAAUCUUCAGAACAGAUGAAUAUGCACAUAAUUAAGACCAGCAAGGCAGAGAAUAUUAUCCAACCUGCCAAUCAAAACUUGGGAGUAGAAACAUUCAUUUCCGAUACAGUCGAAAAGCAAAAGUCUGGGUCUUCAGUGACGAUUGAUGAGAUUCUUAAAACUUCAUCUGACUUGAAGGCUCCUGUUUCUCAGUCUGAUGAUAUAAAACCUCAAGGUACUAUGGUCAGUGGCUCGGAAAUUUCUGUGGGUGGUGAGUCGGGUGAGCCGAAACUGAAAGUAGCAACAUCAACCGAUCCAAACAUGGGAAUAGGAACAUCCAAAGUUUCUGAUUCUUCUUUGAUGUUCCAUGAAAUCGUAAAGCCUUCACCUGGAUUUGAGGCCCCUGUUGAUCGGUCUGAUAAUAAUAAAUCUCAAGGCACUGUCCCCGUUGAUUUAGAAAGCCCUAUGGAUGAUGGUUAUGCGCAGAAGUUGUCAGCUCCUAAUGCUGAUUUCGCUGAGGCUUCUAACAAAGGUGCAGGGUCAUCUAUAGAACCUUCAAUUUCUCCUGGAGGAGUGAAGAUGACUGAAAAUUUGUUUGGACAGAAAUCAGAGGAUUCCGUGGAAGCCGGUCCAACUCUUACUGUUGAUGUUGUUGAAGACUCCAAAGUGCCUUCGGCUUCCAAUGAACAGGGUUCUCCAAAGAAAAUUGAGUCACCUGAAAUCCAUAAAUCUAUCAGUGAUGAUUCGGUUUGUCGCAUCGCUCCUAGUUCUGCGGAAGUUGAUGGUGGUAGCAAUAUUUCUGAUAUUAGUACAGUGGUACGUGAAAAGUUGAAUGAUUCUCUGACUAAACACACUUUGGAGAUGAGUGUUCCCAUAUCUGAAGACUUAAUGGAAAUAGGGUGUCCGACAUCUAAUUCUGAUGAUAUGAAGUGUAUCAUUGAUUCUGACAAAAAGGAUGCCGUAGGUGUGACGUGUCAGAGUGUUGAUACUGCCAGAAAAACAAGCGUGCAUGUAAAUCCCGCUGGCUCCGGUGAUGCUGAUGCUACUCAAAAGGCUGAAAUAAUUCCUGUAGGCCAUACUUCUCCAGCUAAUAUUUCGUCUGAGGGAGCUCUUGCAGACCAGAUUGUAAUGGAAGAGGCCACUUCUGGUCUUAAGAAUCUCGGAUCUUCGUAUAACUCGACCAAGGAGAAAAAUUUGGUCUCAGAUGUUCCAAACCCUGGGUCUGGGGAUCCGAUUGGACUGGUUGCAGACAAGGAUGGUGGCACUGAUUUGUCUGUGGUUAUUGGGGAUGCUGAAAAUAACCUAGUCAAGACCCUUGGUGUUGAAACCGAUUCUUCUGUGAAACAACUGUCUUCAGGAGAUGCUUUUGCUGAGAGUUGCACUGCAAAUAAGCUUGUUGAAGAACAAUUGUCGCAAGAAGGUAAAACCACACAUAACAGUCAUGGUGAUGCACACCAUAUGAAAAUUUUACUGGCAGAAGAGAUAUCAUCUUCAUCAAGAGAUGUUUUACCUGAGUCUAUUGCCUCUGAGUCGACAACUGGAGAACCUUUACUGAAAGAACAGCAGGAAACCAAUCUAGCUUCUGAAGCUGCGGGUGGAAAAAUCGAUGGUGAACAAAGUGGAACUAUCCCCUUGAUUCCAGUAGAACAGAUGAAUGUGGACUCCAAGGUUGAGACAAGUUCUGAGGAACUUCAAGGAUCUCCCAGAAGAACUGAUGAUAUUUCACAUAUGGAUGACAAAUCUUUUGAGACCGCAAACCAGACUGUUAAAGAAGUUGAGGCAACAAGUGAAAAGGGUGAGAGUCCUAAGGAUCAGAUUUGCAAUUUCGGAUCAAGUUCGGUUGCAAUUCAACCUUCAAUGCUGCACACUGAUGGACAAAAGACCCACACUAGCAACGAGAACUCCGUAUCACUUGUUAAUAAGGAUUAUGGCAGUCCUCUAUCUGAUUCUGCAAAUACAGAACAAGAUUCUGAAGGAUCUGCUUCGAUUCAAGGUGUUGAUAGUUACAAAGCUGGUGGGGAAACUAACAGUACUGACACACAGAUGGAGACUGACGAUGAUGCCAAACUUCAGGUGGGUUUGGCGGUUGAGAUUGAGGAGAAAGAUAAAAUUCUUCAAUCCAUUAUACCCAAUGAUGAUGCUGUUAAACCUUCCCCUUCUGAGAACGUAACAGACGGUGAAGAAACUAAGCGUGAUGUUUCUUGUCUAAUGGAAGUGACGGGAAAUGAAGGAUUUGAAUCAGAGACACAGGUUCAUACAGAUACAAGUCACGUUGAUAUGUCAGAAAGUAUGUCUGAUGGCGGAAUAAUGAAUAUCUCAUCUGGGCAGGUCCUAGAUGUUUCACAUGAAAAAGUGUCUGACUCUUUGUCACCGGAUCAAGCAAGUAUUCCCCUGGUUGGUCUAGUACCUGAAAAUUUGCAAGAACACCGGGAUGAGCUUGCAUCACCUCAGGAAGGAACAAACAACAUCGCUGGUUUCCAGUCUGAAGAAAACCAGUCACCAAGAUACAAUGCGCCAGGACAAUCAGAGGUUGAAAACUCCAAGCAAAUGGACAUCUCCAGUGGCAGCAUUUCAGGGAAGACGUGUCAGCCAUCAUUUUCCAUCCAGUCCGAGGAUGAGAAAGCCAAUAACUUGUCACAGCCUGAACUGCUUUCAAACUCAGAAAUAGCUGAACAAAUAGAUUCAAGAGAUCAAUUGUGUGAAGGAUCUGGAGUAGAAAUAACCUCUGUUAUGCCAGUAAAUAAUUCAGCUAAUCCCACUAGUUUGGAUGAUCCAAUGGAUACUACUGAUGUAAUCAUUGGAGUGGAAGGAUCCAAAGAUCCUGAAGCUGAUGAAGUCAUGCUUGAUGGUGAAGGCAGUGGUACAGCCGUUUUGGUUCAGCUAGAAGAUACGUCCAGGAAUUCACUUGAAACUGAGGAGCCCACACAGAUAGAGAAAGUCGGCAAUUCAAGUGACCAUUCUGAAGAUAAUUUGGCCAUUGGCGUCUUGGGGGAAAAAGAAGAAUCAAAGGGCCAAGGAGAGCAUUUAUCUACAGCAUUAAGUUUGGAUGAGCCAAAGGAUACUGAUGGUGUAAUCAUUGGACUGGAAGAUUCCAAAGAUCCUGAAACUGAUGAAGUCGAUCGUAUUAGCAAUAGUGAGACAAGUGCCGCAAUGGUGGUAGAUGCAGUUGAGCGAAAUAACAUUGAGGACAAAGAACAAGUUGAAACUGGCCGAUGUGAGAUAGCUGAUGUCUUGACUGGAUCUUUGUCAGAACCUCAAGUUCAGUUACCUUCCUCCGCAGAGCAAGUGGGAGGACUAGCUGAUGUCCAGCCCUCAUCGUCUGUUAUAGCCGAGCAAAAGGGCGCUGAGGAUAAAGAACUAGCUGAUGUCUCGACUGGAUGUGAUGCAGCUGAUGUCUCGACUGGAUGUUUUUCAGAACCUCAAGUUCAGUUACCUUCCUCCGCAGUGCAAGUGGGAGGACCAUCUGAUGUCCAGUGCUCAUCGUCUCUUAUAGUUGAGCAAAAGAACAUUGAGGAUAAAGAACAAGCUAACACUGCUGAAUGUGAGAUAGCUGAUGUCUCGACUGGAUGUUUUUCAGAACCUCAAGUUCAAGGUACAGACUUCCCUUCGUCUCUCCCAGUGAUAGAGGGAGAAAAGGCCGCCGAGAACCCAUCGGAUGAGAGAAAUAGGAUUGAUGGUGAAGGCAACAGUCCAACUGUUCCAGUUCAGCCAGCGGAUUUGUCCGAGAAUCUAGUUGAAACUGAGGAGCCCACACAGAUGGAGAAUGCAGGUGACGAUUCUGAAGAUAAUGUGGCCACUGGCGUCUUGGGGCAAAAUGAAGAAUCAAAGGAUCAACGAGAGCAUUUGUCUUCAGCAUUGAGUUCCGAGGAUGAGAACAAGGUUGAGAACCCAUCGGACGAGAGAAACAUGCUUGAUUGUGAAGGCAGUGGUACUGCCGUUUCGGUUCAGCUAGAGAAUUUGUCCAGGAAUCUAGUUGGAACUGAGGAGCCCACACCGAUGGAGAAUGUUGGCAAUGCAAGUGACCAUUCUGGAGAUAAUGUGGCCACUGGCGUCUUGGGGGAAACAGAAGAAUCGAAGAGUCAAGGAGAGCAUUUGUCUACAGCGUUAAGUUCCCAGGAGGAGCAUGGGACCGAAAACCCAUCAGACGAGAUAAACAUGCAGGAUGGUGAAGCCAGUGGUACAACCGUUUCGGUUCAGCCAGAGGAUUUGUCCGGGAAUCUAGUUGUGCCCGAGGAGCUCACACAGAUGGGCAAUGCAGGUGACCAGUCUGAAGAUAAUGUGACUGUUGGUGUCUUGGGAGAAAAAGAAGAAGCAAAGGAUCAACGAGAGGAUUCGUCUUCAGCGUUAGGUUCCGAGGAAGGGAACAAGGGAAGCUCCGAGACGCAGGAUCCAACAGUUGGUGGUAUUGACGAAGAGGAAGCUAAGUGCUCUGUCUCAGAAUCUGACAAUAAGGGAGAUGGUAAGAAAUGUGUCGGAAGUAGCGAAUCGGCAGAGUUGGAUUCAGAGGCGCCACCAGAGUCGAUAAACUCAGUCGCUGUUGCUGUAGAAGCAAGUUCUAUUCCAUCGAGUUCCUUGGACUCCAAAGAGAGCAAACCAGAGGUGUCAAAAGGCGCUGAUGAAGACGUUUAG